AGCACAAAGGUGAUCCAUUAACGGCCCAAAUGGAUCCUAGACAAAAAAAAAAGAUUUGGGUCCAGAGAAAGACCCCCAAUCUCGAAAAGAAACAGAACAAACAAACCCUAGAUUAUAACGCCGGACAGAAGAAGAAGAAGAAGAAGAUGAUGAGGUUCCUGGGAAGCACGUUGGCUAAGUCUUGUGGCAAGGGGAGGCUGCAGUGUCGUGAUUUUUCAUCCGUCGGUGAGAAAGUUGUGACUAAGCGCGGCUCGAAAGUUGUUGGAUACGCCUAUAAAGGAGCGUUUUGUGGUAUUGGAUACGUGAUUGGUGGCUUAACAACAAACUCUGUCUCGGCGCAAGUUCAGGGAGUUGAGGAGAGACUGCUGGAAGUAUCGAAAAGCUGUGAUGAAACCGAAGCAGCGUUGGAGGCACGAAUGAAGAACUGGAAGACGAAGAAUAUCUAAUUUUACUUUUGUGCGUCUCUGUAAUACCGAAUUAUCGAAGACUUGGUAUGGGAUGUGGGACAAGUUGUUAUCUAAUUUCACCUUUUUAUUAUUGUAAUAAUCAACAGCGCAGCAGUACUUAUAAUAUGUUGCUUUUGUAAUAACAUAAAUAUCUUGUUAAGAUAUUGAAAAUAUCAAUAUCCUCAA